CGUCGAGCUCGCUCCAGCAUGCUCUUCUCGCACGGCAUGAUCACCGCCCAUAUUCCUCCGCGCGCAAGCAACCUUCCAUUUUGACUGUGAGGCGCGACGACGUGUUCCACGACUCGGACUCUGCUGUACCCUCUCGCACCCCCGCGCCGCCGCCGCCAUGUCCGAGUACCCUGUGUACAACGCCUUCGGCCAGGGCUCGCCAAACCCAAACGGCCCCCCCAAAAGAAAAGAUGAUCCCACUAGGUGGCGACCGCCUGUUGCAGCCAGCCCCGGAGGCUACCAGCAGACUGGCACUCCCGUCCUCGGCCAGGGUCCGAACCAACACCUAGGCACGCCGGCGCAGCAACCCGCGUCUCUCCAGCCCGAGAGCUAUUUCCCGCAGCAGCCACCGCUCCUGCGACAGCAAUCAUCGUACCAGGAUGUGAACAAUCUGGCCUCGCAGAUGGGCGCGGUGGGGCUGAGAGGGGACAACGCUUCGGCGCAACCCAGGCCCAAGAAGAAGGACAGGCACGCAUACCACCAGAUCGAAGGGCCUGGGGGAAGCCCGAUGGCCUUCAAUGGCACGCCGCAGCUCGGGACACCCACACAGUACUUCGGUCAGGGCUCGCCCCAAGUAGGAGGACCACAAUGGGUCGAGCCCGAGAUCACCCCCGCCAUGAGCCAGUUCCCUGCAGCGACACCGAUAUUCAAUCCUGGAAGCCAGGCCUCGCCUAUGCAGCAUGCUGCGCGGUCCCCAGGCACACCGCUCGUUGGAGCUGCGGCUUCGUCAGCUCAGGGACGUGUAGAUCCCGAGCAGAUACCCAGCGUCGCAAGGUCUCGAGAUGCCCCUGCUAAAUACUAUCUGGAGCACAUAUACCCGACCAUGGAGCAUCACCUGCCGCCUCCCGCGACUGUCCCAUAUGUCGCCUUCGACCAGGGCAAUUCUUCGCCCAAGUAUGCCAGGUUAACGCUGAACAGCAUCCCGGUAUCAGCUGAGGCUUUGGCUGCAACGGCCCUGCCACUUGGCCUCGUCCUGCAGCCACUGGCUGCUCUGCAGGAAGGAGAGCAACCCGUUCCAGUGCUAGACUUCGGCGAGACAGGCCCUCCAAGGUGCAGGAGAUGUCGAGCGUACAUAAAUCCCUUCAUGCAGUUCAAGGCGGGCGGAAACAAGUUUGUCUGCAACAUGUGCAACUUCCCGAAUGACGUCCCCGGGGAAUACUUCUCCCCCACAGAUCAAACCGGUGUAAGAGUGGACAGACUUCAACGCCCCGAGCUGAUGUUGGGUACCGUUGACUUCAUGGUGCCCAAGGAAUAUUGGUCUAAAGAACCUGUUGGCUUGCGAUGGCUUUUCUUGAUCGACGUUACUGCUGAGGCGGUAAAUCGGGGUUUCCUCGCCGCAUUUUGUGAAGGCAUCGUGAGCGCACUCUACGGCGGGUCUAACGACAGUAGCGAAGAAACAGACUCUACAACACGUAUUCCGAAAGGCGCGAAAGUCGGUAUCAUGACUUUCGACAAGAGCAUACAUUUUUACAAUCUCAGCUCGAAACUAAGUGCGGCGCAGAUGCUGGUAAUGCCGGACAUCGAGGAUCCCUUCCUACCUUUCAGCGAAGGCGUCUUCGUCGAUCCUGUAGAGUCCAAGGCUGUCAUAACUUCGCUUCUCACGCAACUUCCAGGCAUGUUCUCAGAACACAAGAAUCCCGAACCAGCACUACUGCCCACGUUGGACUCAGCAGUGGCGGCACUGUCGGCUACAGGAGGAAAGAUUGUAUGCUCUCUAUCAGCACUGCCAACUUGGGGUCCAGGACGCCUGAUCCUUCGCGACGAUGGCAACAUGCAUAGUACCGAUGCUGAAAAGAAGCUGCUUACUACAGAGCAUCCUGGGUUCCGGAAAACCGCCGAAAAAAUGGUUCAAGGUGGAAUCGGAGUGGACUUCUUCAUGGCAGCACCCAGCGGUGGCUAUCUCGAUGUUGCGACAAUUGGGCACAUUUCAGCAACAACAGGUGGAGAAGUUUUCUACUAUCCUAAUUUCCACUCACCCCGAGAUACGCUCAAGCUGUCAAAGGAGAUUACACACACGGUUAUGAGAGAGACUGGCUAUCAAGCGCUGAUGAAGGUCCGAUGCUCGAAUGGUCUCCAAGUCUCCGCUUACCACGGCAACUUCUACCACCAUACCUUUGGUGCUGACCUCGAAUUUGGUGUCAUUGAUGCCGACAAAGCAAUUGGCGUCAUGUUCAGCUACGACGGCAAGCUCGACCCGAAGCUCGAUGCUCACUUCCAAAGUGCGCUUCUUUAUACUACUGCUAGCGGCGAGCGUCGAGUGCGAUGUAGUAACAUUGUUGCGAGCAUUGGCCAAAACGCGGGUGAAUGUAUGAAGUUUGUAGAUCAGGACGCCGUCGUUAACAUCAUUGCCAAAGAAGCCGCCGCUCGUAUGACCGAAAAGAACCUGAAAGAGAUCCGAGGAGCUCUUACCGAAAAGACUGUGGAUAUCCUUGCGGGCUAUAGGAAAAAUUUCACCGGAAACAAUCCCCCAGGACAGCUUGUCUUGCCAGAGAACCUGAAGGAAUUCAGCAUGUACAUUCUCGGGUUGAUCAAGUCCAGAGCGUUCAAGGCAGGCAAAGAACCAACUGAUAGGAGAGUGCAUGACAUGAGAAUGAUCAAGUCAAUGGGAGCGUUGGAACUAUCGCUAUAUCUAUACCCGCGGAUCAUCUCCAUACACAAUCUUGACGAGAGGGAUGGGUUCGCCAAUGAGAACGGUCAUUUGAGGAUGCCAGAAAGUGUGCGAGCAUCGUUCGCCAAGAUUGAAGAGGGUGGUGCCUAUCUCAUCGACAACGGUCAAGUAUGCCUCUUAUGGCUGCAUUCGCAAGUUUCGCCAAAUCUGCUGGAGGAUCUCUUUGGCCCCGAACAGAACAGUCUAAAAACACUCGACCCCUUCCAAUCAACACUUCCAGUCCUCGAAACGCACUUGAAUGCACAAGUGCGGAACAUGCUCCAUUACCUGGAAGGCACCAGAGGAUCCAAGGCUUUAACAAUACAACUUGCUCGACAAGGCCUGGACGGUGCAGAGUAUGAGUUCGCCAGGUUACUUUACGAGGAUCGUAACAAUGAGGCACAGAGUUAUGUUGAUUGGCUUGUUUAUGUCCAUAGGCACAUACAAUUGGAGCUUGCAGGACAACGGAAGAAGGACGAUUCAGACAGCGUGGGCUCAAGUUUUGUUGGGUUACGCACGCCGUAUUGGUGAAAAUAAUGUGUCAUGCCACCGUUCACGGCGGACAUUGCAUAGCGGGUCGAUGAAUGUAGCGAGCUAUUACUUCAGAACUAUGUGUAUACAAUCAAAAUGAACAACGUUCACUCG